UCAAUAAAAAUUGUGAAAAAAAACACUUUUAUUUUAUUUUCUUUUUUUGAUUAGUCAUUUCAUUUACUCAGAAAGCUAAGCAAAAACCUUUAUCUACAAUUCAUGUCGGAUACAGGUCGACCGUUGCCUAAAUUUGGUGAAUGGGAUGUCAAUGAUCCUGCUUCAGCUGAGGGGUUUACUGUGAUCUUCAACAAGGCUAGGGAUGAGAAGAAGACAGGUGGCAAACCUGACUCACCUGGAAAGGCAGAUUCUCAUUUUAAGUCUGGAGUAGAUCCUGGAAAGCCUCAGGUUAAAAAAUGGUUUUGCUGCAUUAAGAGUCCUCCUGCAGAAUCUUGAGAACCUAAGAGCUUUAAUGGAGUAAGUUCAGCUGUAAGUGACCCCCACCAUAUAUUUACUAAAGAAGAUAAAAAUAGAGCGGCGGCGAUGAGUGGUGCUGCAAUUUGUUGUGUGUUGUAAGACUGAGUUGUGGGGGAGAAAAGCAAAUACACAAUUAUUUGUAUUUAUGAAAGAUGCAUGGAUUUGUUUUUUCUGAUCUUUGCUUCCCUCUUAUGUUAUAAGUUGUAGAGCUUUUGUGUCAUUUUUCUCUCUGUUGUAUCGAAAAAUUUGCGGGUCGUGAAAUAUACAUAUUUUUCAAAUUUACCAAA